AUGAAUCGUGUUUCAUUCUUAAGAUCCUCCGCUAGGGCAGUUAAUCUCAUUUCCAAGCGUACUUAUGCUGAAGCCGCUGUGGGCUCGACUUUGAAACUAAACUUUGCUCUACCACAUGAAAACCUUUUUACCGGUAGCAGUGUGACCCAAGUCAACUUACCUCUCAAGUCAGGUAAAAUUGGUGUGUUGGCUAACCACGUUCCUAUUGCUGAACAAUUAGUUCCAGGCGUUGUGGAGAUUUUAGACGGUAGUAGCUCAAAGAAAUUCUUUGUUUCCGGUGGUUUUGCUACUAUGCAACCAGACUCAACUUUAUCCAUUACUUCUGUUGAGGCUUUUCCAUUGGAAUCAUUUUCCCCAGAAAAGGUCGGAACUCUUUUGUCUGAAGCUCAAAAGAAUAAGUCUUCCGCUGAUGAAAGGGCAGCUGCUGAAGCUGCCAUCCAAAUUGAAGUUCUUGAAGCUCUACAAGCUGCUUUGAAAUAA